AUGCCGCUGUUGUACGUGUUACCCUCCGGCACCCGGCCCUCGUCCCGGCGGCUGGGCUUGUCCUGUGCCAACUGCCACACCACGACCACCACACUGUGGCGCAGGAACGCGGAGGGUGAGCCCGUCUGCAACGCCUGCGGCCUCUACAUGAAGCUCCAUGGGGUUCCCCGACCUCUUGCUAUGAAAAAAGAAGGAAUUCAGACCAGGAAACGAAAACCUAAGAACAUAAAUAAGUCAAAGGCAUGCUCUGGUAACAGUACUACUGCGGUUCCUAUGACUCCAACAUCCACAUCUUCUACUAACUCAGAUGACUGUAGCAAAACUGCUUCUCCCAGCACACAGACUGCAGCCUCCGGGGCGAGCUCAUCGGUGAUGUCUGGCCCAGGAGAGAGCACCAGUCCCGAGAACAGCAACCUUAAGUACUCAGGUCAAGACGGGCUGUACACAGGAGUCAGCCUGACCUCCACGGCUGAAGUGACGGCGUCCGUGAGACAGGAUCCCUGGUGUGCCCUGGCUCUGGCGUGACCCGGAGCGAGGAAAGCUGGAUCCUGGCGCUGCGCGGCAGCCCCCAGAUGUCCGCGCACGGUUUCUUCUGCGGAGCAGUCACGGCGGCAGCGAGAGUGCUGGCAAAGACCAUUCCUCUGAAAUUGUUUCCGUGCCUUGGUGGUAGAGGCGUUUUUCAGCCUCUGAAAGAGGCUCUGCCGAAGCAUCCAGUUCCUCAUCUAUGCAAGAAAAAUAUAGGGAAAGCAAAUGCUCACCGGGGGAUAGCUAAUGCAGCCUUACACUCUCAAAAAA